UAGCGAGGAGCAGAACGGGUGUAGGGACGCGGUGGGCCGUCACUGCUAGGGAGGAUGCGAAUGCGCUCGGGCGUCUUCGCCUUCUCCUGCCUCCUGGUGGAGGCCCUGGGGGUCGCGCUUUUCCUCCGCGGCUUCUUCCCGGUGCCCGUCAGGACCCUUCCCCGGAGAGAGGCCCGCGGAAAUCCUCCCGCCGAGCCGGCCCCGUCCGGCACAGGAAUGGUUUCUAACUGGACCAAAAUUCCACCACCAGUUUUCAAAAAAGUUGUCAUUGUGCUGAUAGAUGCUUUGAGAGAUGACUUUGUGUUUGGAUCCAAAGGUAAACAAUUCAUGCCCUAUACUACACAAGUUGUUGAAAAAGGGACAUCCUACAGUUUCAUUGCUGAAGCGAAGCCACCCACAGUGACUAUGCCUCGAAUUAAGGCUUUGAUGACAGGUAGCAUACCUGGUUUCAUUGAUGUUAUUGUGAACCUCAAUACCCCGGCUCUGUUGGAUGACAAUCUGAUAUGGCAGGCAAAAACAGCUGGGAAAAGAAUAAUCUUUUAUGGUGAUGACACUUGGGUUAAAUUGUUUCCAAAGCAUUUUGUGGAAUAUGACGGAACAACGUCUUUUUUUGUGUCAGACUUUACAGAGGUUGAUGAUAAUGUUACCAGGCAUUUGGAUAGAGUCUUAAAGAGAGAAGACUGGGAUCUCCUAAUACUGCAUUACCUGGGUUUGGACCAUAUUGGACAUAUAAUGGGGCCAAAUAGCCCAUUGGUGGGACCAAAACUUCGUGAAAUGGAUAACGUCUUGAAAAAAAUUCAUAUUUCUCUUCUUUCAAAGGAACAAUCUUCUCUGCCCAAUUUGCUAGUUGUUUGUGGGGAUCAUGGGAUGUCUGAAACAGGUAGUCAUGGUGGUUCUUCAGAAGGGGAAGUACACACACCACUGCUGUUUAUCAGCUCAGCUUUUGAAAAGAGAAGUGGUCCUCUAACCCAACCUGAACUUGUGCAACAAACUGAUUUAGCUAGCACACUGGCAGUAAGUCUUGGUCUGCCAAUUUCAAGAAACAGUGUUGGGAAGCUUAUAUUGCCAGUUGUGGGAGGCAAGACAAUGAGAGAACAGCUGCGUUUUGUACACUUGAAUGGGUUCCAGCUUAGCAGACUGCUGCAGGAGAAUACACCUGCAUAUGAAAAAGAUCCUGGAUAUGAACGUUUUAAGAUAGCAGAAAAAUCUCACAGUAAUUGGAUCAAACUGUAUUUAGAAGGGAAUAAUUCAGAAAUACUCUUAAAUCUUGGCAAAAAGGUCCUGAAGCAAUACUUGGAAGCCCUGAAGACUCUGAGUUCUUCACUAAGCAAACAAGUGGCACAAUAUGACAUGUAUUCAAUGAUGGUGGGGUCUGUGAUCAUUAUGGAGGUUCUUCUGCUGCUUUUGCUUAGCAUUCCAAAAGCCCUGAGCAGCCAGGCAGUAUUUGAAGUGCCUCUCUCCCCUCCACUAUUCUCUCUGCUGUUUUACUUGAUGUGUCUGGUGCUUUGUGCAGUUCACGUCAUAAUAUGCACAUCGGCAAAAAGUUUAUGCUAUUUCUGCAGUAUGUCCUGGUUAAUGGCAGUUGGAGUAAUGAUGCUGAUUUCUGCACUCAUGUGUAUUAUUUUAUCUGCCAUUAUGAGGAUCUUUGAGAGUUCCAGACUUCCAGUGAAGAAUCCAAUUGUGUCCAGUUUCAGCUGGUCAGAAGUAGAUGUGCUGAUUCUGGCUGGUACAAUUGGCCAUGUUGUGAGUUUGGGGGCAAGCAGUUUCAUAGAAGAGGAACAUCAAACCUGGUAUUUCCUUACAACUACGCUUUGUUUGGUGCUGGGUCAGGAGCUUUGUAGAAAUAAUUUUCUUCUGAAUGAAUGUGACCCUCAACAUAGAACAACUAUGAAACAAAAUUUUGAUGCUGUCAAGAAAGCCUCUGAUUGCAAGAAUAUAGACAUUUCAGCAGCAGGUAAUUCAAAAUUGAGCAAGAACACCUCUUCAGCUGAAUUCAUAAAAGGAUCAGAUAAGUGGAUAAGUUUAGCAAGUCCAUGGAUCAUCCUUAUUUGCUGUCGGCUACUUCGAUCCUUGAAUCAAACAGGUGUCCAGUGGGCUCAUCGGCCAGACUUUGGACACUGGUUGACAAGCUCUGAACAUAAAUCUAUACUCUCCUUGUUGGCUGCAGUCUCCCUGCUUGCAAUCUUCUUUCUGGUUCAAAGAAGAUGCUCUCUUGUUUCGAAAAUUGCAAUGGCACUUGGGCUCCUGGGAGUCUACAGUUACCGGGCAGCUAUUGGAAAUGUCAUAUUUCCGUGGCAACAUGACAGCAAAGAUAUUUCAAAGGGGAUUACCGAAGCUCGUUUUGUUUAUGUCUUUAUUCUUGGCAUAGUCUUCACCGGAACUAAGGAUUUACUGAAGUCACAGUUUAUUUCUACAGACCCCAGUGUGAAGAGUACAGGAUUGUGGGAAGUGUAUAGUGGAUUGGUUCUACUAGCAGCCCUUCUGUUUAGACCUCAUAAUUUACCAGUCUUGGUGUUUUGUCUGCUGAUUCAGACAAUGAUGACAAAAUAUAUCUGGAGACCUUUGACAUUUGAUGCUGCACAGACUACUAUCAUGCACUACUGGUUUGGCCAAGCUUUCUUCUAUUUUCAGCUCUGGCUUGUCCACAUCUCACAACUCACCAAGCACUUCCCAGAAGUGUACUGUGUCUUUAUCAUUGCUACUUGCUCUUCAUAUGCAGUGAGAAUAGAAGGAAAUUCAAAUGGCAUUGCUACUGUGGAUGUUUCAGCAGGUUUUGUGGGACUAGAAAGCUAUGUGGAGAUACCAGCUAUUUUCUUUACAGUAUUUGCAACAUAUGCAGGACCUUUGCUUUGGGCCAUUCAUCUGCUGUACUACCUAAGUUCUGAAGUUAAAAGGAGUUCAACGGCAGUGGGUCACGGCUGCUUCUGCUACGCUUUAAUGCAUUCAAUUCCAGUUGCCAUCUACAUUGUUUUAGUAACAGUUCUGCGUUACCACCUGUUCAUAUGGAGCGUCUUCUCACCAAAACUGCUCUAUGAGGGAGUGCAUGUGUUCAUCACAGCUGCUAUCUGCCUGUUCUUCACAGCCAUGGAUCAGAAGCACUCUUAAAAAAUGCGAGAUGGAAAAUAAGUCUGUGGUAUGCAGUUCUGCAUUACAAUGUCUAGGGUGUCACUGGAAUGGAAGAAGGGAAAUUGUGGUUUUAAAUUGUUGUGCGGAAUUUGAAGGGUAACCUUGUUUAUUUUAGUCAAGAUCAGCAUCUGAAAGGCAUGUCCUGCUUUAAAACUGAGUUUGCUUUAAAAAUGUUGAAUAAACUGUUUAUGGGUAGCUUUUGUUCUAUAGCUGUCAUUAUAGCACUCUUGAAAUAACAGAAUGGCAAUAUUACGUGAUUUUAACUUAAAAACAUUCAUCAUAAUAUGAAUACAGACCAGUGUCUCAUAGGCACUGAAAAAAAUCUUUUGUACCUACAAUUUUUUUACUUUCCUAGACUGCAGAAUCCAAAAAGCAUGCAGAAUACUUUAGUGCUGUUGAGAAGGUCUUAUAUUCAUUAGCCUUGGGGAGGGUUGUUUAUUUUCUUCCUAGCAUGUGCAUUGAAAUGAUUAUGAAAUUAUUGAAUUAUUAUAUAAAUAUCCCAAGUAAGAUAUUGUGUUUCUUUGUUUCGCAUAGGCAUCAUUUCUAUUUAAAGGCAAUAUUUCCUUUGAAAGAUGAGUACAGUCAUUAUCUGUAAUGGAUUUCGAUCUGGAGUUCAGGCACUGGAUAAGAAAUGCUAAUGGGCUAACAAAGUAAUGAACCUUUUGUGAAGUCCAUUCCCUGUUAAAAUCUUGUUUCUCUUUAUUCAUGUAUAAACAUUAAAUCAAGUUGGUGGCAGCUGUGCUGAAUAUUUGAUCAUAUUUUGUAUUUUCCACACUAGGCUGGAGAGUUGUGAGCCAUGAGCAGGAAAUGGGUUUAAUGGGCUAAGUUACCCCCAGAACAAAAGCUGUGUUUGUGUUAUCUUCCCCCUAGUGACCAUCUAGCCACCACUCUUUAAUGUGUAAUGGAUUCCUAACACUGUUGUUUUCCUUGUUGAGAAGAUACACAUUGAUGACUGUCCUGAGAAUCAAUAUUCUUUAUGUGGGUUUUUUAUUUCUCUUGUAUUUUUGUCCAUGUUAGCAGCCAAUAGAUGUUAAUCUAAAUAUAUUACAGAUGUAGCAGAGGAGGAGCACACAGGGAGCUUUAACUUUUGUUAUAAAUCUGAAACUAAAAAGCUUUUAAGCCCUGUGCAGCUGACAGCAACAUCUGUUAGAAUCACAGGUAACACUUAUGUUAUCAAUGUAUGUUAUGUUUCUGAUAGACCACAUCUCAAAAAGUAGGACUUUAUUUUUUUGUAUAAAAUAAUAUAUAUUGUAUAUAUUAAUAAUAGGCCAUCUUGAUCACUAAUAAUGGAUUUUUUUUUUACUCUAAAUCAACAAAAUUUUCAUUAGGCUGGCCACAUAUUGCUGUUCACUUGGAGAAGAGACUGCUGGGUCUUAAUGUCAUUCACUGUGACCUGUUGGAAGUUUGAAAAUUAAAUACUUUUAAUAAAUUGUUGUUUGCUGCAAAUUAUGGGGCAUUUAAAA